ACGCGCCAACCCACGGUUCGUGCGCCAACCAACCGCCACGCUACCCGCCACUGUCACUUGUGUCAACACGUCAACAGUCAAAUCAACACUUUAUUGACAGUUAACAAAUGCAAAAUAUUGCAUUUCUAAAAUUAAUUUCAUAUUAAUUUAUAUAUGAGACUUGUUUAAGCAAAGUAUAAUCUCAAUUCUUAAUCUUUUACAUCUAACCUUGAACCCCAAAGAUUAUUUAAUUUUAGAAAAAGUAUCAGUAAUCACUAAAAACUUCUUAAUUUAAAGAACAUUAAAAAUGGCUUCAAAAAAGAAAAAUCAAGAAAAAAAAGAAAAAACCGAAAAAACCGAGAACAUCGUUCUAAAGAAGAAAGGUUUUCCUUACUUAACUGUUUAUGUUUUAACAAUAGUUAUUGCUGGUUUUGUUUUUUAUGAUACUAGACAAGGAAAUGCGAAUAAAAGUGUUAUAAUAAAAGUUUUGAAAGAGUAUCAUGCAUGUGAAUAUUCACAUUUGGCAAUGGAUAAAAUAAAGAAUGGAUUGAAUUGGUCAAGUGAAAAAAUUGAAGAACAGUUUCCUGGAUUGCAACAACAAAUAGUUAUCUUUUCAGAACCAUACGUAAGGUUAUCUAUAAACCUAGUAAAAAUAGGACGUAAUUUCAUGUACAAUCUAAAAGAAGCGGCUCUCGAGAAAUAUCCGAUUAUAAAUGAAUCUAUUGAAACAUAUUUACCUGGAUUAAUUGAGAGCUCACAAAAAGCUGCGACCAAUGUUUAUUCAACAAGUGUUUUAUAUGUGAAUAGAAGUUUUGAUUUCUUGAAAAAUGAAGUGUUUGUGGGUCAGUUAUCUCCUGAAUAUAUGCAGAAGGUGAUUCUAGAAGCACUAAAUACUACACAAUACAAAGCCGUGGAGUGUUACCAUUGGAUUUACAAUAAAGUUCAAACAAGUAUCGAAUGAAUUAGUAAUUAGAUCAUUUAUGAUUUUUAAUUAACAGAAACUACCAUCAAAAUGUUAAAAUCUAG